AUGCAUACUGGAGAGAAGCCGUAUUACUGUUCUGAGUGUAACAAACGAUUCUCCUGUGUAAGCAGUCUUCAGAUACAUUUGAGAAUUCAAACAGGUGAGAAGCCAUAUUGUUGCUCUGAAUGUGGUAAACGAUUCUCACAAAAAAACAGUUUGCACAGACAUACAGGAGUUCACACAGGAGAGAAGCCUUAUUGCUGUACUGAGUGUGGGAAGAGAUUUUCACGUAUAAGCAAUCUUCAGCUACAUAUUAGAAUUCACACUAAGGAGAAGCCACAUUGCUGCAUGGAAUGUGGCAAACCUUUCUCACAGAUCAGCAAUCUUCAAACACAUUUAAGGGUUCAUACUGGGGAAAAGCCACAUUGUUGCCAUGAAUAUGGCAAACGAUUUUCCUGCAUUAGCAAUCUUCAAAAACAUAUGAGAAUUCACACUGUUGAGAAGCCAUAUUCCUGUUCAAAAUGUGGCAAACAAUUCUCACAAAGAACAGUUUGCAGAGGCAUACGAGUUCAUAUGAGAGAGAAGCCACAUUGUUGUAUUGAAUGUGGCAAGGGAUUCUCAUGUCUAAGCAAUCUUCAACUACAUCUAGGAACUCAUAUGAAAGAGAAUGUCCAUUGCUGUUCUGAAUAUGGCAAGUGUUUCUCACAACUUGGUCAUCUUCAUACUGGAAAGAAGUUACAUAAUUGCAUGGAAUGUGCAAAAGGAUUCUCAUGGAUUAUUAAUCUUCAGAAGCACAUGCAGAUACACAAUAUAAUGACUGACAAGCAAGGUUCAGUUCUAUUAUGA